AUGAAGUUCCGGAGCAGUGCCAAAAUCUUCCCCCAUCUCGACGGCACCCUCAUGGAACUCACCAACCACCCAGCCGAAAUGUGCCACAAACUCCCCGACUCAGUGUCCUUCGCCGGAGGCGCUCUUGUCGAGCCCCUGGCCGUCUGUCUACAUGCCGUCCGGCGCUCGCAUCCCCCAUCCAAGGAGGAGGUGCAACUGGCCGAGUCGCUGGGUGACCAGUCCGCUGCUUUGAUCUUUGGCGCUGGCGCCAUCGGUCUACUUUUGGCUGGUGCGCUUGCAACAGCUGAGAACUUCUCGAACAUUGUCGUGGCGGAUAUCGACCCGGCACGCUUGGCCAUCGCCGAGUCGCUUAACCUCGGUCUCAAGACUGCCCUCAUCCCCAAGGCGGACCCUGCAAACCCGCCUCCGGCUAAGGAUGCCCCUCACGCCGAACAAACUGCCUAUGCCUUGCAAAAUGCCCAGCGUGUCGCUGCUACCCUGAAGGAGACUAUUGGCCUGACCUCUGGUUUCUCUCGUAUCUAUGAAUGCACGGGUGUACCUGCCUGUGUGCAGGCAGGUAUAUACGCCGCUGCUCCAGGUUCGGUUCUGGUGCAGAUCGGUAUGGGAAACCCCAUUCAGACUCUUCCUGUGGGUGCGGCAGCUCUGCGGGAGGUUGAUGUUAUCGGUGUUUUCCGGUACGAUGGGCACGCCUACCCUGCUGCCAUCGCAUUGGUGGCAAGCGGCAAGUUCAACCGGGUUGAGGAGCUCGUUGUCACCCAUCGGUUGCCAUUGGAACAGGGAGAGAGGGCGUUUGCAUUGGCCGGAAAGGGUGUCGAUGAGGCUGGGCGACCUGUCGUGAAGGUCGUUAUUGAGAGCUAG